GUAGCGGUGCUGUAAACAAGGCUGAAACGAGCCCAAAAUACAUUUAAAAUUGUAUUUUUAAAUUGGAAUCUCUCUUAGACUGCAGCACAGCUACCAGAUGUGUUUAUAAACAGAACAGAAUUUACAAGAAGCUGCUGCUGCAGGUCAGGAUGCUGAUAGGGAAGAAAAGGAUGCUCAGUUAUGAAGAUUGCGCUACGGAAAGCAAAUGACAGCUCAUUAAGCCUCCCAUUGACUGGACACACAGUAUUGUUUCAUAGAUGAGCUAUUUCUGAAUCUGAAGAAAGAAGCAGCGUUUCAGAAAUGGUUACUCAUUAUAUAUGGCUCUCUCUCCCAUACUUAGCUACUGCCUUUGAGAGAUCAGCAAAGCUUCCCAUCAACAGAAGUUUUGAAGGAUCUUUUGAAAUACCCAACAGCUCCAGUUUUUUUUCCUGGAAUAACUACACACUUGCUGACUGGCAGAGCUUUGUGGGCAGGAGAAGAUAUGGGGCAGAGUCUCAAAAUCUUACAGUGAAAGCCCUGCUCAUUGUGGCAUACUCCUUCAUCAUAGUGUUCUCGCUCUUUGGGAAUGUCCUGGUCUGUCACGUCAUCAUCAAAACCAAAAGGAUGCACUCCGCUACCAGCCUGUUUAUUGUGAAUCUAGCUAUAGCAGACAUAAUGAUAACGCUGCUCAAUACUCCCUUUACGUUGGCUCGGUUUGUGAACAGCACAUGGAUAUUCGGGAAGGGGAUGUGUCACAUCAGUAGAUUUGCACAAUACUGCUCCCUCCAUGUCUCUGCUUUGACUCUCACAGCAAUCGCAGUGGACAGACACCAGGUUAUAAUGCAUCCUCUGAAACCUCGUGUAUCCACCGCAAAAGGCAUUGUCUACAUCUCUGUUAUCUGGAUUAUGGCAACGUGUUUCUCCCUCCCACAUGCUAUUUAUCAAAAACUAUUCACUUUUGAAUACAGUGAAGACGUCACCCGAUGCCUGUGUCUCCCAGAUUUCCCUGAACCAGCUGACCUCUUCUGGAAGUACCUAGACUUAACAACCUUCAUUUUGCUCUACGUUCUGCCCCUUUUAAUCAUCUCUGCUGCCUACCUGAGAGUGGCCAAGAAACUCUGGCUGCGCAGUGCCAUUGGGGAUGUGACCACGGAGCAGUACUUUGCCCUUCGGAGGACGAAGAAAAAGACCAUUAAGAUGCUGAUGGUGGUGGUUGUCCUCUUUGCUGUUUGCUGGUUUCCUUUAAACUGCUACGUCGUCCUCCUUUCCAGCCAAACUAUUCGUACCAACAAUGCCCUGUACUUUGCUUUUCACUGGUUUGCAAUGAGCAGCACCUGUUAUAACCCCUUCAUUUACUGCUGGCUCAAUGAACAUUUCAGACUGGAACUGAAGUCUUUGCUCAACAUGUGCAAAAAACCACCUAGCCCGAAAGAGCACAGGCUUCCAUCUACAGUUCCAUCCUACAGAGUAGCCUGGCCAGAAAACAGCAACUUCAAGAGGUCUCAGGUCUCCCAUGUCCUUCCAUCAACCUCCAAUCUCCAGUCAGGGAAGACAGACAUCACUUCAGUUGAACCUAUAGUAGCUGUGAGUUGAAUGAUGCAAUAAAAUGGGAGCACGUGGGGUAUGCGCCAGGAUUGCAGAUGGAUUGGGUGAAAGCUGACGAGUGUGAUGAAGAGAGACAGGAAUUCUUGACUACUUCACUAGAGUGCACACACCAAUGUGCAUGCUGUUUGUGCUGAGAACCCAGAACCAUAGGAGUCAAUGCAUUCCUAUCAGCAAGAGAGUUAUCUCUUUAAUGCAGACUGGUAGUAUAUCUAUACAGCCUCCAAAUAGAAGACAGACAGCAUAGCCCUUGAGAAGGGGGAAAAAACCCUUUUAAUUGUCAGACUGAUUUUGAACUGGCAGCUAGCUGAAGGACACUUCAGUGCAGCCUUAGAGGGACAGAAGAAUUAUUAUUUGGGUGUUUAGCCUGGACCUUUCAUUACUCCUGAAGGGGACUGAACUUAGGUGACUGGGCCGGAGGGCCAAGCCAUGGAAGACCUGGUGAGAAGGAGAGGGUGAAGCAGAGGUGCUGGGGAUGAGGAUCCCUUGCAGUGUUGCACUCUGACACAAGGGAGCGCUACAUGUGGUUAGUACACUACCUUACACCUUGUAAUGGCUCUUCAUUGGCCAGUGUGAUAUGGUUUGGUCUCAGUCCAUUUCCAAGUGAAUUAGUGUCUGCAUCACAAGCGCCAUCACCCAAAUUAUCAGCAGAGAUGCCCUAGGUUGGAUGGAUAUGGAAAAAUGGAGCUGUCCUAUUAUCCAGAUAGAUGCUUUCUGUAAGGCAGGGUUGAGGCACACUGAUGGAAGAAACUGUACUUUUUAAAAUACAUAAACAAACAAACAAAGGAUGACUUUGGACUUCUGGCUGACAGUUCAGCAAAUUUUGCCUGGAAUUUUUUUAAGGAAAUCUAGUUACAGUCCCAUCAAAUCAAUUAAAUGAAAGAAUAUUUAGGAAGUUCUUAUGGUCAGAGAAUUAAAAUCAGGAAAUAAUUUCUUCGUGCAUUGAAAGUACUGCACAAGCUCAUUUAGAACAGUAGUGUUUACAAACCAAUUUGUAUUUGAUUUAGAAUCUUAUUUAACAGAGUAUCUCUGCAUCAUCAUCACGUAACAGCUAAAGAAUCCUGCAGCUUCCCUCUAGAAUUUAGCAUUGCUCCCUUGCUCUGUAAUGCAAUUGUAUAGCUGUUCUCAGUUCAGAGACCGAGGGACUAUAUCUGUUCUCUUCUAAAAUGCUGUAUAUUACCUCUUUGGAAUCGUGGACACACAAACUAUCUGCUUUAAAAUAGCAGGACAGAUGGUGUAUGAUACCAAGCAAGGAAACUCCAGAGCCUCCAGAAGCCGUAUUGUGGACGGUGAUGUUUAUCUAUGUGUUCAUGAUGCGGAAAUCAGCUGGCUAUCCAGAGGUGCCCCGCUCUACAUGAAACACUCAGCAGCUAACAGUAAAAGGAGAGAGAAUGAAAAUAACAUGAAUGGAAAGAGAAACCAGUUGUAACUGAUGUCCUGUACUGGUUUCUAGCACCUGUGACUUGUGCGAGUUUUUCAUGGCUGUAUACUUACAGAAAAUAAAAUGUAUGCAACAUUUGUCA